AUGAAGAGAUUAAGAACUAUUGAUUCAUUUUUCAAAAAAAAAGAUGAUGGUGAUAAAUUAGAGAGUGAUAUACCUUCUGCAUCUAAUGAUAACGCACCAAUAUCAACUGAGCAACCUUAUGAUUCUCACCAAACAUCUAAUAUAAUUGAACCUCAAGAAAAAGUUUUUGAUGAUGCUUCUUUGGAAUUGGAACGAGACCCGGGGAAACGGAUUCAAAUACAUGAGCAUCCUAUUAAUCAACAAGAUGAAGUUCGACGUGCUUAUAUCAAAGCUGGGUCAUACCAACCGAAAUUUCUUGAGUAUCCUAGGUCUCGGUUUGGAUCACAAUAUCGUCAAUUUCAGUAUUCUUGGUUUUCACAAUUUCCAUGGUUAGAAUAUUCUCCGACAACAGAUAGAGUAUAUUGUUUCCCAUGCUUUCUUUUUGGGACUGGUCCAGUAAGUCGUCCGACACUAACUGUUGAUGGGUUUAACAAUUGGAAAAGAGUUAACGACGGAAAGAAUUGUAUAUUUCUUUCUCAUAUUGGAGGUCCAUCUUCAUUACAUAAUACUUGUGUUUCACGUGUGGAGGAAUUGAUGAAUCCAUCUCAGCAUGUUGACAAGCAUACAGCCAAGUUUAAUGAUAAGGUGGCUGCAGUUGCUUUAGAAAAUGCACCAAAAAAUGCCAAAUAUUCCUCACCCAUGAUCCAAAAUGAGGUUUUGAACAUUCUCGCCAACAUAGUACGAAGAAAAAAUCGUGAAGAAGUCGGGGAUGGUGUUUUUUGUAUUCUUGUUGAUGAAGCACAUGAUAUUGCUCAUAGAGAGCAAAUGGCCAUUAUUUUAAGAUUUGUUGAUAAUGAUGAUUUUCUACGAGAACGGUUUUUAGAUAUUGUGUGGGUUGAAGACACUACUGCAACAACACUUAACAGGGAGAUAAAAAAAGUCUUUGCUUUCCAUGAGUUGCCUAUAAACAAGUUACGAGGUCAAAGCUACGAUGGUACGAGUAAUAUGCGAGGUCAGUGGAAUGGGCUACAAUCUUUAUUUAUUAAAGAGUGUUCAUCUGCUUAUUACGUGCAUUGUUUUGCUCAUCAAUUGCAAUUGGCAUUAGUUGCAGCAUCAAAAGAAGUAGCUGUUAUCUGGUUAUUCUUUUCAACAUUAGGUUCAAUUGUAAAUGUUAUUACUACUUCUCCAAAGCGUCAUACUCAGCUGCAGGUUGCACACACAGUGAACAUUGAAGAGUUGGUGGGUGCUGGUGAACUUGAGACGGGAAGAGGAGCUAAUCAAAUCGGUACUAUACAUCGACUUGGAGCUACUCGUUGGGGUUCUCAUUAUGAUUCAGUGUGUGACUUGAUACAUAUGUACGACGCGUCUUGUACAGUAUUUGAGAACAUAAAGAAUGAUAGAUCUGCUACAAACUCUUUGUGUGGGGAAGCUACUGGUGCUUAUAAUGCAAUCAGAUCUUUUGAAUUUACUUUCAUCUUGCAUCUAUUGCAUGAGAUCAUGGGAAUCACUGAUAUCCUUUGUCAUGAACUCCAAAAUAAGUCACAAGACAUUUUGAAUGCUAUGAAUCUAGUCACUACUACAAAAGAUGUCUUCCAGAAGUUGCGAUUGGAUGGUUGGGCUACCUUUAUUGAUAAAGUGAGUUUAUUCUGCAAAAAACAUGACGUUGAUAUGCUCGAUAUGAAUGCUCAAUACAAAGUAGGAACUGGCCGUUCUUGUCAGCAAACAUAUCAUAUUACAUUUGAGCAUCAUUAUCACAUUGAUAUCUUCAAUAAUGCAAUAGAUUUUCAGUUGGCAGAGAUAAAUAGGAGGUUUAGUGAGGAGGCAAUGGAACUUCUUAUUCUCCGUUCAGCUUUAGAACCAAGAGAAGCUUUUAAGGCGUUCAACAUUGAUCACAUUUGCAAGCUUGCAAAGAAAUUUUAUUCUAUGGAUUUCACAGAAAAAGAGCUACAUACGUUGAGAUCAACUACUGAACGAGCUUUUUCAGCAAUGAAUCUUAUUAAAACAAGACGUCGCAACAAGAUGGAAAGUGAAUUUCUAGCAGAUUCAAUGGUUGUGUACAUUGAAAAAGAGCUUGCCGAAAAGAUUGAUUAA